UUUGUGGUUCUUGCGGUGGUUAGUCGAUUUUAGAUCCACGACCUAUAAGUGAGAUCCCAGUGCUGCGCUCAAAUCCAAAAAAGAGAGUAAAAAAGACUUCCAAGGUUCCACAGAAGCAGAAGAAGAUGAAACCAAAAGCAAUUCCAAAAAAGGAAAAGGCUAAUAUGGACUUAAUAAAACAAAUUGAAGCUGAGAUAAAGAUGAGAGAUGAAGAAAGAAGGGUUGCAGAAGUAAGGAAGGAUAGCAGUAAGAAGACUGAGCAUGUUGGAGAACAAUCUGAGAAACAAGGGAGGAAUACUGAGCACCAAGGGAAAGAAACUGAGCACCAAGAGAGGGAAACUGAGGAGCAUCAGAAUGUUGAAGAAACAAGCAAAGGUGGCAGUAAGAUGACUGAGAAUGUUGUAGAAGAAUCUGAGCACCGAGGGAGUGAAACUGAGCAGCAAGGUAUUGAAACUGAGCAACAUGAUAUUAAUGUUGAAGAAACAAGGAAUACUAGCAGUAAGACAACUGAGGAGGUUGGAGAAGAAUAUGAGCAACAGGGAAGGGAAAAUGAGCAACAAGGUAGGGAAAUUGAACAAAAUCAGAUUGUUAUAGAAGCACAACAAGGCGCUGCACAAAGAAAUAAUGAGAAGAAAAGAAAGAGAAAUAAUGCAGGCUCAAUUAAGAAAAGUACAGAACAAGGAAAUUCAAGCAAAGAGAAAAAGAGCGAGGAAGUUAGUCCAAAAAGAAGAAUUACAAGAUCAACAACUUCAGAAGCAACUGAAAAGAAAAAUGAUGAAGUUCAGAAAAAGAAGAAAGAAGUUCAUGCAAAGAAGAAAAUAACAAGGGAAGCAGAGUCAAUAAAAGAGAAGAAGCAGAAGAUAAAGAAGAAGAAAGCAGAAGAAGAGGAAGAAUUUGAGGAGGACGAAGAGGAGAUAGAAAAGGAAGAGAAUGCAAAAUACUCAAAGCUGUGGACAAGAAUGUCUCUGAGUAGUAUAACAGAAAUAAUGAAAAAUCUAAGUGCAGAACAGAAGAAAGAGGUGGUUGAGAUGGGAUUUGGCCCCUUACUGAACCUUGAAGUGAAGCAAUUGCCAAUGCAGUUGGCAUAUUGGUUGCUGGACAAUUUUGACAGCAGAAGUGUGUCUCUUCUUCUGCCGAACAAUGAGAGAUUGAGGAUUAAUGAAGAUGGAGUGCACGUGACAUUGGGGUUUCCAAAAGGAAAGAUUAAUGUGAAGAAUUUGAUUGACACUGAAUCUGAGAAUACAUCACACAUGGUGGCUAAUUGGAGAUCACAAUUUCAGACUGAAAAUGGAGUUGUGAAGACUGCUCAAGUGAAGAAGGUUAUAGAACAAAACAAAGCAGGCGGAGGUUGGUUUAAAAAGAAUUUUUUUGGUUCUCCUGGUAACGUGUUUGAUUGAAGGGAAGCAAAAUUGCUUUGCCAAUCAAAGCAUUCUGAAGGCAUUGCAGGAUGAUUCAAAAAUCAAGGAUCUGAAUCGGUGUGGAUACACUUUGGAAACAUUAAUUGAAGCAAAGGACUAUUGGAGCAAAAAUAGAGAAAGACAGUUCCCAGGGCCUUUAUUAUUUCUGAUUGUGUUCUAUGUAGACAACAUUGUGUUCAAAGGCAGAAAAGUGGACAGAGCAUUGCCAUCUAUUAUUGGCUGGACAACACAAAAGCUGAACAAACGAC